AUGUUUGCUCCGCGAACACAAACCCAACCCCAAAGUGAAGAAACGUUUCGAAAUUUGGGUGAAGGCAUACAUUAUGCGACUCCAAUCAUUCCCUUGACGAGGAAGACAAGCGAAGUGGAUCUAGUACGAGGUGUUGUUCAAAUGAUGCAAGGUCUGUCCAGUUCCCUUUUCUACUGGGACCAAAGUGGGCUGUGUUUUUGUGUUGCCAAUGUUGGGAUUUAUGUCACUCACCUUUCCCACUCAACUCUUCACAACCUUCUCUCUCGCUUCACCUACGCUGCCACCUGCUUGCAACUCGUCCAUCUACGUCUCAAUCUUCCACACUCUUAUUGUGCCCUUCCCACUUUGAGGGCAUUUGCGUCUGUUGCUUCUCACUGCCUUCUGAGGUUGAGAGAUGUUGCUUUGAAGGAAGAAAUGAAGAUGUGGAAUUCUAAUGAACAAGAAGAGUUUGGAAGUGGAUUUACUCCUACUUUAUUGGGACUAUCUAGUUCUUUGUCAAGUCUCUGCUCGGCUUCUGAAUAUUUAUUUCAAAUUGUCCAUGGAGCCAUUCCCCAAGCGUGUUUUGAGCCUAAUUCAUCUGUUCCACCUGCUGAAAUUUCUGUUCAUGUCCUUGACUAUCUUUACACUAAACUGGAUCAAGUGUGUCUCGUGCAAGGUGGUGAGGUGGAAGAGUAUCUCAUGCUACUCAAUAUGUUUGUGGGGAGUAUAAUACCCUAUAUUGAAGGUCUUGAUUCUUGGCUUUUCGAAGGAGCACUUGACGAUCCUUUUGAAGAGAUGUUCUUUUAUGCAAACAGAGCAAUCUCAGUUGAUAAGUCGGAGUUUUGGGAGAAGAGCUAUCAGUUAAGACAAUUACAGUGCAGGAAGCUAGAACAUCCUGCUCUGAAUUCUUCCAUAUCUUCAUCAAAUAACAAGACAGGAAUGGGUGAAAAAGAUUCUAUUUCUUUUCCCUGCUCAACAAAAGGAAAAGAGCUUAACAUUAAGGAAUUUCUAGGGUGUCCUUUGUUUAUUAAGGAAAUUUCUAAGUCAAUUGUCUCUGCGGGAAAAUCAUUGCAGCUGAUCCGCCAUGUUCCUAUGUCAUUCUCAAUGAUGUCUGAAAAAAGGAUACGUACUGAUAUUAAUGUUUUUGGAGGUUCUAGUGAUGAUAGUGGUUUAAGCAUUUGCCGACAAACCUUUUCUGGGUUAACCUUGUCGGAGAUUUUUUGUGUAUCAGUAGCAGGUCUUAUAGGCCAUGGUGAACACAUUUCCAGAUACUUUUUGCAAGAUGAGCAAAGCAAAUCAAAGAGUGCCACUCCUUUGGUGUCUGCCAUAGUCAGGAAGGAGGAGGGAGGGGAUGGUGAAUGCUUGCACAAGUUCUUGAUUAAUACAUUAUUGCAGAGAAAGGUGAUUGAUUUAGAAUGUGCACACAAUUUUGGGAUUGAUUUUUCUGAUUUGGAGGAAGAACGCAUGAAAACAGGUGCUGUGGAUGAAUUUCCCCUACAGGGAACAUUCUGUCCAGAAAAUCCAGCUAUCACUGCAUGUCAAAGUUUGCUUGAUAAGAAUAGAGAUUGCUGGAAAACGUUGAACUUAUCUAAAAAUUUCUAUCUACCCCCUCUAAAUGAUGAGGUCUUACGACAGGCCAUAUUUGACGGAGAAAAUAAUGUCAAAGGAACAGACAAUGCCUUUGGUUUUCGAUUUGGUGUAUCUGAUUAUCAUGAUUCACAGAAUGAUGCAAAACUGUUGGAAGUCUUGUUUCCUUUUCCCACUGUUCUUCCUUCUUUUCAGGAUGAUAAAUAUAUGUCAGAGCUUUUGCCUUUCCAAAAAAAUAGCACCCUUAUUUCAAGAGUGCUUAGGUGGUUUCAAAGUGUUGAACCAAGAACAACUCCACUUCCAGUUGCUAUUAUACAGGAAUGCCUAACUUUCUACAUUAAGAAACAGGUGGAUUAUAUUGGCGGGCUUAUCUUGUCAAAAUUAAUGAAUGAAUGGAGAUUGAUGGAUGAACUUGCAGUAUUGCGUGCCAUAUACUUGUUAGGUUCAGGUGAUUUACUGCAGCACUUUUUGACUGUGAUUUUUGGUAAGCUGGACAAAGGAGAAACUUGGGAUGACGAUUUUGAGUUAAACACUAUAUUGCAGGAGUCCAUUCGGAACUCUGCUGAUGGCAUGCUGUUAAGUGCUCCAGAUUCUUUGGUUGUCUCUAUCACCAAAAAUCAUGGUUUUGACAGUGAUGAGCUACCUAAUACACCAAAACUUUCCUCAACUCCUCGUAAAAGUCGUCUGCACAGCUUUGGCAUAGAUGGCCUUGAUUCAUUGAAAUUCGCAUACAAGGUCUCUUGGCCACUUGAACUUAUUGCUAAUCCAGAGGCAACCAAGAAGUACAACCAAGUGAUGGGGUUCCUGUUGAAGGUGAAGCGUGCCAAAUUUGCUCUUGAUAAAGCUCGGAGGUGGAUGUGGAAGAGGCAAUGCGACAAACAGCCGCAAGCAUCACUGGUUAGUGGAGCAGAAACUCCUUCAUUUUGUGGAUGCCUUUCACCAAUAUGUGAUGGACAGGGUGAGAAUCUUCUCAUUGCCUGGGUGUAUCACAGUGCAUGGCGUGAACUCUGUGAAGGUAUGGCAGCAGCUGGGUCUCUGGAUGAAGUCAUUGAAGUACAUGAGGGCUAUUUAUUAUCAAUUCAACGACAGUGCUUUGUGGUUCCAGAUAAGCUGUGGGCGUUGAUUGCAAGCCGAAUCAACAACAUCCUUGGACUAGCUCUGGAUUUCUACUCCAUACAGCAGACAUUAAGCAGCAGUGGAGCAGCUUUAGCAAUGAAGUCCAGAUGUGAAAUGGAAGUGGAACGGAUUGAAAAACAAUUUGAUGAGUGCAUUGCUUUUCUCCUCCGAGUCUUAUCUUUGAAACUCAAUGUGGGGAACUUCCCUCAUUUGGCUGAUUUGGUUACCAGAAUUAACUACAACUAUUUCUACAUGUCUGAUGGUGGAAACUUAAUGGCUGGUUCUGGCUCUGAUACAAUGAAUUCAAGACUUGGGAAGACCUUUGGAGUUUAG